AAAAUUGCAUUAUUUGCUUUACGACUACAGCUCAACUGGGCCACCCUGAUUACUUAUCCGACCCGGCCCGACCCAUCCGGAUCUUCCUUCUCUUGUUUAAAUUAAAGCAGAUAAAAAGGAAACUGGAAAAUUCAGUUCAAGUAUUGUCGUCGGAAUAUUACUCUUCACCGGCCAGUUUUCAGCUCUUGUGUGUAAAUUUGUUAGUCUUUUUUAAUGUCGAGUAAUUGGGGAAGUAGCUCGCGAGAUAGCUCGGGAAGUAGUUCAAGAAGCGAUGUUGACAACUCGUUUGAUGCUGACGAACUUUUACAGAUUGGUUCAAGAUGUAUGGAGCUACGGAGAGAAAAGGAGAUGCUUAGAGAAUCUCAGUCACAGAGUGUUGAACUUGUCAGAAGGUUGGAACUGAAUGCGAAUUCGUUGUCAGAGUCUCGUUUAGAAGAUAAGAGAAGAAUUCAGAUGUUGGAGAAAGAAUUGUUGAAUUGCUACCAGGAGAUUGAUUAUUUGCGGGAUCAAGUAAACUUCAGAAGCCAGGAAAUGAACGACCUGAGUGAACAUGUACUCGAUCUUGAAGUCAGAGUAACUAAAUCAGGGAAAUUGGAAGAAGAAGUUAACUAUUUGAGGGAGGAGUUGUGUUCGUCGAAAUCUGAGCAGCUAUUGUUGUUGCAAGAACUGGAGAGCACAGAAACUGAGCUACAGUUUUCUUUGUUUUCUGUUGAGAAGCUGGAGGAGUCGGUCUCAUCCUUAACAUUGGAGUCUCAGUGUGAGAUAGAAAGCAUAAAACUUGAUAUAGUAGCGUUGGAGCAGGCGCUCUUUGAUGCUCAGAAAUUUCAAGGUGAAAGCAUCCAAGAAAACGAUAAGUUAAGAGAAAUAGUCAAGGAGCUACGGUUGAACUCUCGAGAGGCAGAAGAGAAUGCUGAGUGUUUAGAGAAGCAAAACAAGGAGCUGAUGGAGAGAUGUGUAGCCUCUGAAAGGAAUAUCAAAGACUUACGUCAAAGCUUUAGAGGAAGGUUGGAAAGUGAAAGUGAAGCGCCUGUAAAUCCAGAUUGUUUCCAUGACAUCAUCAAGAAAUUAGAGGUUUUCCAGGAUGGGAAACUGAGAGACAAAAUGGAAGAUAUGGCAAGACAGAUACUUCAAUACAAAGAUCUUGUAAAGCAGCUCAAGGAUGAGUUGAAAGAAGAGAAACUAAAGGCCAAGGAAGAAGCAGAGGACUUAACACAAGAAAUGGCUGAAUUAAGAUAUGAAAUGACAUGUUUAUUGGAGGAAGAAUGCAAGCGGCGUGCAUGCAUCGAACAAGCAUCAUUACAAAGAAUAGCCAAUCUAGAAGCACAGAUCAAGAGAGAGAAGAACAAGUCCUCAACUUGCUUAGUUCCUCUUCCUGCUGUAUAAACCAGCUAAGGUUCGAGUUAAACUUGAAAUCACAGUUAAUGCCUCAAAUAAGCCUUUAAGCUAUAAGGUUUGAAUUCUUAUGUAUUUAAAGUGUACAUAAUCCAAUUUGAUUGGAAAUUGGAAUAUAGAUUUCAUCCCUGUGAUUAUGUUUAUAUAUGGAAAUUGAGUUUUACAAGAGUGAAACUGCUUCUUCAUGUGCCUACCAAAAAAAAAAACUGCUUCUUCAUGUGGCUUCUAAGUGUUUAAUUACGCCUUCAGCAACAUGUAGAGAUCUUGAGAAAUUGACAUGAGUCUCUAGAGAAUGUUGAAAGCUGUGGUCGUUGACCAAGAAGAUUCUUACUAUUUGACUCUAUUUGAUAGGCCUGUAAUGAGCCUAGGUCAAUAAGGCUGAGUUUAUUUGAUGGCCCGUUUUUCUCUCUUUUAUUGUUCUUCUUUUUCUUGUGAAAAUAAAGAAAUCUGGAAGCGUUGUUGUAUCAUCAUGUAUGUGCAGAGUCUAGUAACCUUGUUGUUGAUGCAAAGGGAUAAAUGAAUGGGUCAAGGAAAAGAACCUGUUGUCUUUAUUGUUAAUCAAGACACUUGUAGAUU